AUGAUGAUGACACCCCCUGAUUUCUUACUACGAGUAGCACCACUUAAAUUGCAUGUACGCAAUGCUACACAAACGAAUGGAGAACCAGCUGUAUACGAGUUAUUUUGUCACCUUAAUAAGACAGGAGAGAAGCAGGAUGAACCACAGCAUGUGGUUCAAUGGAGUCUCUGGAAAACAUACGAAGAGUUUCAAGCUUUUGAUAAUCAAAUGCGAGCAGCUCGUCAAUCGCUUUUUGCCAAGAUGAUGGUCACUGUCGCCUUUGCGCCGAAUCAUCGUGUGCGUGCAUUCUUUCAUCAGGAUCAUACAUCGAGUUUUCUAGAGAAACGACGUGCGGAAUUGGACUUUUAUAUGCAACGCGUGAUGUUGUUUCCAGACGUUAUGGAAUUCUCCAAGAGAGGAGGAUGUAAAGUACUAGCAGACUUUAUUGGUGCUGAAAAAUACAUUGACUGCAGUGGACUGUUGGAUCCGACGAUACCAAGCAGUAUGAGCAUGGCGGGAAUUUUUGCAUCCUCGAUUGGAACACUACGUGAUUCGUCUGACUCAGAUUAUCGCGUGUCCGGUGCAAGUGUGUCUGAUGCAAAAGACAAACUGAGUUUGAAACGUAAUACGUACCGACUGGAGAUUGAAAAGGAACUUGCUCUCCGGUCUGACACUCAUGAGCUCAAACGGUUUAAGAAGCGUGCACGCGCCUUUCGGAAAGAGAAUGAUCCGGUAGCAGCUGCUAUUCCUUUCAUAGAGUUUUUGCACAAGGAAUUUGAGCCUGACUUUGCAAGCUGGAUUUUGCAGCGCUUUGUGCGCUCAUUGAAGAGCGCGGAAAAGCGUCAAGCAUUAUGUGCUGCGAGUGGUGUUUCCAUUGCUUCUGUUGACACUGAUGACGCGGAGGAGAGCAAGACGCAGCACCGGGAAGAAGAGGCUGACUCCGAUAAAUGUGCAGAACAGAAACUGAAAGGGUUUACAAGCAGUGAAAGAAGUUUAGGCAGUCGGGUAUGCGAUCCUGUCGCCAAUGGACGGCUGUCUCGGAAGAAAGCCAAUCGUCAUAUAUUAGAACGAGUGAGCACGCUUUCGGGCGACAACAUGCACACGGUGGACGAGUUUAAGCAAGCGGCCAAGGCUCUUGGAAACCAAGAGAUGAGCAGUCAGGCUUUUGUAAAUUUUCUGCGCGCUACAUUCGGCAAAGGGGGGGCGGAUGAGCUCCUUCUCCUCGUCGUUGAGGUAGUUCCACAACCUCAGGUGCAGCAAGAGCUACGCGUUGCCUUGGCACAGUAA